UCUGGGAAUAUUAAAAAUCUAUUUAAUUUGAUUAGUUUUUAAAUUUAUCUUCAAUCAUAAUGGUAUGUGAAAAAUGUGAACUCAAACUGAAACAUGUGGCGACACCAGAUCCAUGGAAAAUGGCCGGCCGGUCAUCAGCUACAGACAAAUCAUCAGGUACAUCUGGUGGAAGAAAAAUCAAUGAAAACAAAGCACUGACAUCAAGCAGAGUAAACCCGAUGAAAGGAAUGAGAAAAUGCCGGAUAUGUCAAUCUAAAAUCCAUCUUGAAGGUGCUUACUAUUGUCAAUCCUGCGCCUAUAAAAAAGGAAUUUGUGGAAUGUGUGGGAAGAAAAUAAUUUCUACAAAAUCUUAUCGACAAUCUGCAACGUAGACAAAUUGUGUUCAUAAUACAUAUUAAGUUAGGCUAAAAAAAUUUUAAUUUAAAAAAUAAACUAAGAUUUCUUUGAAGUUAAAGUGAUUGUUUAUGCCUUGGUUUAUGCAAUUAAUUCUAAAUAUGAGAAAUCUUAUGGAAUCAGGGACUUUUAUAAACAUUUUUGAUGAAUCUUUGAAAUUUUGUUUUCUAAGUUUCUUAUCCAAUUCCUAGGGAAAAGUUUUAAAUUUGAGGAAACUUUAAUGACACCUUUGAUUAAAAAUCAACCCAUUUACUUUUUGUUUUGUUA